AUGGAGAAUAAGCUUGCGAGUCACUGGGACAUGGAGCUCCUGAAGAUGGCCAUGCGCAGGCACGAAGAGACCUUCAGGCAGCAGGUCCAUGAAUUACACCGGUUGUACCACGUCCAGAAGCAGCUGAUGGGCGGCCUGUCCAGGCCGUCGUCGGAGCUCAGCUGCCGGCGCCAGAAAAGGCGGCGCAGGCAGCCGCGGCGCGCGCUGGACCUGCACCUGCCCCUCCCCGCCGACGAGUGCGUCGUCGUCACGCCACCGUCAGCGGAGGACGGGCUGGAGCUGACGCUAGCCAUCGGCACUAGUGGCGGCCGGUGCCAGAGGAGGCAGCGGGAUGAGCCUGAGAGAACGGGCACCGCUACCCCCUUGGCCUCGGAGUCGAACAUCUCCGGGGGGAGCGGGAGCCUGACGGCGUCGGAGUCGUCGACGGACACCGGCGGAUCAGCACCAUAUCAGAUUCAGAGGGCAAUGACGCCGGUGUUCCGUCUCCAGGAAGCGACGACGGUGCCGAAGGUGAAGCCGCCACCGCGGUCACCGUGGCUCGUGCAGUGCGUCAGCCUCGAGAUGGCGUGA